UAUGUUGAGGAGUCCGAGUUUUUGCUUUUUUAGUUUUUUAGGUGUUUUUUUUAGUUGAAUAAUUAUUUUUUACUUUUUUGAGACAAAUAAUUCUUUUUGCUUAACUGGGCUUUAGAAUAACCUUGCAGGAGGGUACUGGAGAAUGGGCCUAAUUGCCAAAUGAACCCAAAAUCCAACCUGAAACCCUAACGAAGGGCAAUCUCUACCCGUAACCGUAUAGGCACUUGCCGCCACCCAUCUGCUCACCCUCACGCCGCAGCCACCGCCACCGCCACUGCCACCGAUCGCAAUGGCGUCGCCUCAUCCGCUGCCCGGCGACAUGCUGUUCCUCCCUCCCCCAUCGCAGGCCGCGGCCGCCGCGUGCACGACGCUCUGCUGCUUGUGCGGCGUGCCGAUGCCGCCCAACGCGGCCAACACCUGCGCGCCCUGCCUCCGUGCGCGCGUCGACGUCACCGACGGCGCGCCGCGCCACGCCGCCGUGGUGCACUGCCCGUCGUGCUCAUCGUACCUGGAGCCCCCGCGGCGCUGUACGCGCGCCGCCCCGGAGUCGGCCGAGCUCUUGCCGCUCCUCCUUCGCCGCGUCCAGCGCCCGAUCCAGCGCCUCGGCGUCACCCUCACCGCGGCUGAGUUCGUGUUCACUGAGCCGCACUCCAAGCGCAUCAGGCUCCGCCUCCGCCUUCGCCGCGAGGUCCUCCCCGGCCGCGGCCUCGCGCUGGAGCGGGACCACGCCGUCGAGUUCACCGUCCACGACCGCCUCUGCGACCCCUGCGGCCGGGCCCGCGCCGGCCCCGACCAGGACCAGUGGUGCGCCGUCGUGCAGCUGCGGCAGCGCGCGUCGCACCGCCGCACGCUGCUCCACCUCGAGCAGCGGCUGGCCGCCCUCGGCGCGGCCGGCUCGGCGACCCGCGUCGACGUAACCGGCGCCGGCGGGAUCGAUUUCUUCUUCGCGUCCCGCUCCCACGCUGCCGGCCUUGUCACCCUCAUCGCCUCCCUCGCGCCGGCGCGCGUGGCGGACGCGGCGAGGCAGCUCGUGUCGCAUGACACCAAGAGCAACACGUACCGCCACCGGCACGCCUUCUCCGUGGAGCUCUGCCCGGUGUGCCGCGAUGACCUCGUCUUCCUUCCGAGGGAGGCGUCGCGCGCGCUCGGCGGGCUCGGGCCGCUCGUGCUCUGUGUCAGGGUCACCGACACGCUGGCCCUCCUCGACGCCUCCACCCACCGCGUUGUCAGCCUCGGCAUCAAGGACUACGACCGGCACAGGUUCGAGCCCGCGCUCACCAGCCGCCAGCUCGUGGAGUACGUAGUGCUGGACGUCGACCUCUCGCCGGCCACCGGCGACACCACGGCCGCCAGGUUCGGGUACCGGACAGCAUACAUGCAGGUGGCCCGUGCGUCAGAGCUGGGCAGGAGCAACGCCGUCGUCACCGUGAGGACGCACCUCGGGCACCUCCUGGGCCCCGGUGACCGCGCGCUCGGCUACGACCUUCGUGGCGCCAACGCCAACAACCUGGACGUGGAUAGCCACUGCUUGCCGGAUGCUGUGCUCGUCAAGAAGAUCUACGAGAAGGGCGGCGACGGCGACAGGAUGCAGGAGGACGGCGGCAGGAGCGAUGACCAUGGCGUCGCGUGCAUCGACGAGAUCGCCAUGGGGAUUGGCGGCAUUGAUCUGGACCCGUGCGACGAGGUGGAGCUUGAUGAAUUGCUCGAGGACCUCAGAAUCUGAGAGUACGAGUUGUGAAUCUUAAAGGAGGAUGGUGACUGCUGGCCUGAAGCUUCAGUGCAUCUGAUGUAGACAAUGUUCAAUCGGCCUGUCAUUAAAACAAAAACAUGUUAAGACCCUCCAUAAGAUGUUCCUUAAGCAUUUUGUCAAAUCUACGGCGGAAGUCAACAAAGUGAAGUUCAAAAGGACAAAGGUUUUGCAAAGGCACAGAGCAAUGAUCUUGAUUCCAGGGGUAAUUCGAACUCUACUAUCUGCUUCUGUUUUAGUUCUUUUUUACAGAUUUCAAAGCAUUUUUUCUAGGAGAUUUCAAAGUAUUUGGACUUAAUCUGGGCUGCUAAUACUCUGCCACCACACGCUAGUUUUCACUAUCUAAACCAUCAGGCUUCCGUGCAUCUACGUCGUCGGCAGUUUUGUCAGAACUUAAACUUUGUAUGUCCAAAAGGUUUUUCAUUACCAAACACUCAAUGUUCGGUACCUGGUCUCUAAAUGAUUCACACUCAGUCAGACAAGUUAAUGUUAAGUACAGAAUUCUAGCAAAUUCAAUUCAUUCCAUGUCCUCGCAGAUUUUCUGUUCCUAAUUUCUAAGAAAAUCAAGCUGCGCAAUAUCAAAAAUCUGAUUUUUUAGGCUCAUUGAAGUUGUCAGAAAUAAGAUUUUCUUAAUCGAUGCUCACAGUCACUGAACUUUGUCCGAUCAAGCUAUGCUAUAUCAAAAAAUCCGAUCUUCAGGGUGAUUAAAGUAGUUAGAAGUAAGAAUUCCUUAAUCAAUGCUCACAGUCACUGAACUUUGUCAGUUGACUCAGAAAUACAUUCCCUUGGUUAACUAGAACAAUGUACAAUGGUUUUUCUUGACU